GCUCCCCACUAGACAAAAGCAAAGCACAAGGCUUCCUUCCACAGCGCAGGGCAAUCCCUCUCCUCUUCUUCUUCUUCUUCUUCCUUCCUCGCCCAAAAGAAGCAAGAAUCUGCGCCCCGUCCGUCCCCACGGUUUCUCCAUUUUCCUUCCCUUCCUCUCGUCUCUGCUGCCUCUCCAGACUCCAGAGCUCACCUAGCAUCAGAUCCUUGGCCCUCCCAGGGCGGUUUCCGAAUCCGGCCAACCCAUCUCCCCGCCAAUGGAUGCGGUUGCCGCUUCUUUUGCUGCCCAUUUUCUGGUGUAACUACCUGCCCUCCGGCCAUCUUCCUCCCUGCGCUUUUUUUUUCUUUCGCCAAGGCCAGGCUCUCCUCCUCCUGCUGCCAACGGCACGGGCUGUCUGUCACCGGAGAGAGGCCCCCACUCCACCUGUCGUGUUGCUCGCACUGCUGUCGCUGGCAGUCCCUGCCUCCUACCUAGGUUGUUCCUCCCCCUUGCAUCGUCUUGGGGUUGGGUCAGUCCAAAUCUUCAUUCAGUUUCUUCCUACCAAGAAGGUUUCUAGGCAUUGUUUUGCUUGUCUUUGGGGUUGGGCUGUUGCUUCUGAAUCUGAACUCGCCAAAAGUUUGCCUGGUUUGGCCUGGAGUAAGGAUUGCCUGUGAGGAUUUUGAGUUCCAUUGAGUCUCCCGGGUGCUCCGAAUUCGGGGGGUUUUGGUGGAAACAUCGGCUUUGGCCUCCUCCUCCUUGGUUGGUUCGAAGAACGAAGAAGUUGCCAAUGGGGCCGCCUAGUAGGUUCUGGGCCUCUUUCUGGACCUUCGUCAAGUUCUUGCCAUACUUCGCUGGCCUCCUUCUCCUGGGGGCUAUUAAAGGUAUGUUGCUAUGCCCGUGGGCAUGCCUUAUUAUGGCAAUUGGAAUAUCUGCACUAGUUCUGGGCUUAUGGCCCAUGCAUCUGAUUUGGACAUACUACUGCAUUAUCAGAACUAAAAUGGUGGGACCUGUAGUGAAGCUUCUGCUGCUUAUUGCUGCCACUGUAAUCUUGAUCCUAUGGUUGAUAGUUACCAUCCCGGGAAGCGCUUUUGCUGGAUUAGUGUAUGGCUUUCUAGCACCAAUAAUGGCCACGUUCGAUGCAGUUGGAGAAGGCAAAGAAAAGCCAUUUGUUCAUUGCUUUGUGGAUGGAACAUGGAGUACUAUCACUGGAAGCUGUACAGUAGUCAGGGAUUUGAAAGAUUUGCUUUUCCACUCCUAUUUCUCAAUUAUGGAUGACCUUCGUCUUCAGGCACCUCCUGAUGGGAAGCCAUACGAGAUAAGAUUGCUUCAUAUUCCUGGGGCGUUUUUAUCUGCUGCUUGUGGACUCAUACUGGAUGCAAUAAUGUUCACACUAAUUGCCAUCUACAAGUUCCCUGUGAUGCUUUUCAAAGGGUGGAAACGGCUAAUCCAAGAUUUGAUUGGGAGGGAAGGGCCUUUCCUGGAGACAGCAUGUGUGCCAUUUGCAGGUCUUGCUAUUCUUCUUUGGCCAUUUGCUGUACUGGGAGCUGUUCUUGCAUCCAUCCUCUCCAGUAUUCCCUUAGGCAUGUAUGGUGCAGUUGUAGCUUAUCAGGAAUCCUCUGUUAUCAUGGGACUCUCUUAUGCUGCCUCAUCUGUGUCCAUCUUUGAUGAGUACACGAAUGACGUACUUGACAUGGCACCAGGAUCCUGCUUCCCGAGGUUUAAAUACCGGAAAAACGAAGGUUCUUCCCAUGGUGGUCAUCUAUCUAAGCCAGCCUCAUUCGACAAGGAGAAGCAAGAAGGAAAGAAACCUAUAUCACGCGUUACAUCAUUUAAAAACAGUAUGGAUGAGUUCAAUCCUUUCAAGAUGCUAGACCACUUAUUUGCUGAAUGCAAGCGCCAGGGAGAGGUUUUGGUGAAUGAUGGAGCAAUAACAAUGAAAGACAUCCAAGAAACAAAGUCAGACAAAGUUGGCAGCGGGGUUCUUAAUGUUGGUUUACCAGCAUAUGUUAUCCUUAAUGCACUCCUUCGAUCUGCAAAAGCUAAUUCUAAUGGCCUAGUCUUAAGUGAUGGCACUGAGAUUACAUCUGACAAUAGGCCUAAAAGUACUCUCUUUGAUUGGUUCUUCGACCCUCUCAUGGUCAUCAAAGAACAAAUUAAAGCCGAGAAUUUUACAGAAGAAGAGGAAGAAUACCUCAAAAUGCGAGUCCUGAGGAUUGGUGAGCCCAGUAACUUCAAGGGCACUCUUCCUCAUGUGCCGUCAUGGGAUGAGCGGAAAAAAGCAGAAAUUGAUGCAUUUGCUCGAAGAUUGCAAGGAAUCACAAAGUCGAUAUCAAGAUAUCCUACAGCCAAGCGCCGCUUUGACGUUCUUGUAAAGGCGCUCUUGCUAGAGCUCGAGAGAACAAUGGGUGGUAGCCUACCUGCCAAUGGAUCCCAAGCACAAAGGUUGAGAGGCAGCAUUGGCGGCCGAGUGCUUAGCCAGAAAUCCAUCGGGAAGACAGCAAACAUCAGAGAUGAAGAUCCAGAAGCGCAAAUAACAAGAAAUGCCCGCACUCCAUGAUAAGUCGAUCCACUGGGUAGCUAACACACUAGCAAAGAAAAAACGUUCAAAUGUAAUUUUCACUCUGUAAAAAUGUGUAGGUGCAGCUAUGACCUGUCACGAAUCUCUCCCAGGAUGAUGACAUGUCAUGUAUAUUUUGAGCAGUAUUUGACAUCGUGUCAACGUUCAGACGGACAUUCUUAUGUGGAGAUUGAUUUGUUGCAGGUUUUAAUCUGUCAUCUGCAGCUCUUGGUUCUUGCA